AAAUAUAUUACGUGGGUUCGCAGUGGGAUCGUUUGGAAUUUGGUUCAGUUAGAUCCACGAAAAUCUGAUGGGCUUCUUCUGUUUCGCCAUUAACGGCCACAGAUGCUAUCAAAUCCUCCAUUUCUUCACCAGAAUCCUUCUCCAUUUGAAGCUUCUCGCCGCCCGUUUCGGCCUCCUCAAGCCCUCGCCGGAGCACCAUGCCGACUCUCCCUUCCAGCCUCCGACCAGUUACCUCUUCCUCACCGACGACCCCUGCCCUUCGCUGGUCACCGUUCCGGCGGCUGAUUUGCAGGCCAGGAUCAAGAACAGCCUCCCAAUCGUCGAGUUUGGGGAUUUUGCUGCAAAACAGGGGAUUGAAUUUGGGGGAAAUGACGGAGAAGAAGAGAAUCGGAUGUGUACGAUCUGUUUGAGUGAAAUGGAGAGGUCGGAGCCGAUGAGAGAGCUCUGUAAUUGCCGCCAUGUCUUCCAUCGGGAGUGUUUGGAUACGUGGAUUGAUGAGUUUCAGAUUACGUGCCCUGUUUGUAGAUCUUUUCUUUUGCCCUCCGGUGACGGCGGUGGGUUUCGAUUCCUCCGGUGACCGUCAGAUACGCAGCUACAACCGCCGGGAUGGACGGCGGCUACUCGUCCACCGCCUGUACUCGUAUACUCUUAUUUUCUGAAUAUUCAUUUUGUAAUUUAUCGUUAAAGUUUUAUUAUGUAAAGUU